CUCAAAAACCUGCUUUGCUUUUGCAGGAUAUAGUACACCAACAAUCCCACUGGGAUCCCGAUUCAGCUAUAGCUACUCAACAUCUACCAGUACGUUCCUUCAGGGAAGAGCCCACCAGAGAAGUGGCAUCACCCUGGAAAGUACAGCUGUGGUCGAAGUGUUGGCAAAUUGCCGCCGAAUUCUAAAAUUGCAAGGAGUACAGAUCAAAGCCAUCUUUGAAUCCGAGGUGAAGCUGAUAAAUGAAAAUGACAGGUUAAGGGAAGUACUGGAGCGAUACCCGCUGUGGUUUUGUUUUCAUAAUGGGAAAGUUCUGAAGAUCUUUCCCCAGAAGAAUGAGCCAACUUGGGCACUAAACAUCAAACGGGGUAUCCUCAGUGCUCUCCAGACAUCAUCACCGAUAGCAGCUGCCAACAGCACUGUGGAAGAGGUGGAUAUUUCAGGGAAAUGUCCCACUCAGUACCAACAGAAAGGCACACUUCUUCUGAAGAUGAAAGAUUUCAACCUGUGUUCUCAACAUUUUUCUGGAUUUACUUUUCUGAGAUCUGUGGCUCUUCCCAAUGCAUUGGAGCAGCUUCUGUCAUCCAAACUUGAAUGUGUCCAGCGGUUUGAGGAGAAGGGAAUCCUUGCAGAAAUCAAAUGUAUUGAGUCCCACCUUGUUACACCUCCUGCAAGGAAGGGCAAUGGAGUGAAGAUGCAGACUCGGACAGUAUUGAAGCUCUUCCACACUGAAGCUGAUGCUGUAUUCCAGGAAAAAGUAGCCACUAGUGACAUCUAUGAAAGUAGCUUGCUCUAUGAAAAAGAGAAAAUGGCACCAUUGUCCAAAGAGGAGGAGGUGAAAAAAGUAGCUGAUGUACUCCAGAAGCUCUGCAUGAAACCUACCAUGGAUACUGAGCCUACAGACCAAUUCCUGAACUUGGUGUUUGCACUUCGACAGGUCUCCACUGAUACCUUAAUGAACCUAUGGCAGAGACCUUCUUCCAAAUGUCGAGACAACUGGCAACCUCUGUUGGACGCGCUUCCCUUUUGCGCAACUGAACCCUGCGUUGUCCUGAUGAAAAAGCUGAUCAUUUUGCAAGAAGUGGAAGAUGACCACGUUGAGCGUUUCCUGAGGUCACUUGCCUUCAUCCCAGAGCCCACUGCAGGCAUGAUUGAUGCUUUGGCUCCUCUGUUAGAGUUACCCAAGGAGCGGCAAAUAACGUUCUUAGGGUUAACAUCUUUGCUGCACCACUUCUGCUCCACGAGAGCCAGCUGUGACCAAGUACCAGCAGUACUGAGGAUUAUGAAAAUUCUUGGAAGACGCCUAGGAAGAAAAUGUACUGGGUCCAAAUUGGAGGGAACUGCUCAGAUGGAACUGAUUUUAAAUGCAAUUGGAAAUGCAGGACUGGCAGCAACUUCUUUGACAACUCUCCUGAGUUCCUGUGCAGCGCUGAAAAGCAACCCUACUGAAAUCCGGCUGGCAGCCAUUGAAGCCUUUCAGCGCAUUCCCUGUGCAGCCAAUCGUGCUGUAUUGGUCCAUCUGUUUCAAACCUACGAUGAGAAUGUUGAAAUAAGAAUUGCUUCUUAUCUUAUGGCCAUGAAAUGUCCAAGCAAAGUCUUAUUUAACCACAUUAAAUGGACUUUGCAGGAGGAGAAAUCCAGCCAAGUGGGCUCUUUUGUCUGGAGCCAUCUUUCGGAGCUCUUAAGAACAGAAGACCCACUGAAACAGCAACUUAGGAAUUCUCUGCCUGAAGACAUCAUUAGCAAGGAAUUUGACUGGGAAACAUGGAAGUUUUCUUCCUACACAGAUGUUACCUUCCACUCAGCGAUGGCAAGUGGAAAUGCCGAAGCCAAGAUCAUCUUUUCACCUGCCUCUUUUAUCCCACGUUCGAUCCUGACCAAUUUCACAAUUCAUCUGCUGGGACGUGCUCUCAACCUCUUAGAGGUUGGAGUGAGAUUCGAGAAUAUGGAAGAUGUUGUCCGAACAUUCUUUGACUUUCCCCCAGUUCAGAACAGCAAAGGAAGACAUACGAAGCCAGAAUCUCCAAAGGAGAUGGUGAGCAAGAUUCCUCUGAAUAAGCCAUCAUCCGAGCAAUUCAGCUUGAAGGGUCAUCUACCUAAAGAAAACAAAACUGCACUGAGAACAGAAGAGCUGAGUUGUCCAAGUGGACAAUACCAUAAGAUUAAUGAAUUUGUGAAAAAGUUCACCAAAAGAAUGGGAAAAAAGAGGAAGCCAAAAUGCAGACUGAGCAUAAAAAUCUUUGGGAAUGAGCUUGUGAUUCUUGACUGUGGCAAUCUCAGAAGCCAAGCAAAACAUUACUAUUUGAACCUAGCAGAGCUAAUGAUGAAGGUUUUAAAGGGCCAAGAAGUCCAGUGGAAUAAAAGAUUGAGUUUGGCAACCGAAGAAGUGCGGUUUCCAACCAUCUCAGGAUUUCCUGUCCUCCUGGGUUUGAAUGCUUCGGCAGCUGUCAACCUGACAGCCAGAGGAGAUGCAGACUUCAAGAAACACAACCAUUUUUUCAUUAAUGGCUACCUCAAGCCAAGCUUUAUCCUACAAAUUUCUGCCCAAAUGGGAACUGUAGGAGUUCUAGGGGAAACUGGCCUGAACUGGUCAACUGUGUUGAGGUCAUCAACCAAUCUUGAUGGAGGAAUCCAGGUGAAAAAAGGGAAAGAAUUUAAGGUUUUUUGGAACAUUCCUAAAGAAGCUAUGGAAAUUGUACAUUUCAGUUCUCAACUCUACGUUACUGCAAGGGAGAAAACAAAGCCUGUUGACCGUUUCCCAGGCCAAACUCAACUUUGCACCAGUGAGGAAGGGUCAAAGACAUUUGGUUGGCAGCUGUGUUCAGACGUUUUUCUCCCUGAUGACAAGACCAGCAGUUUCAUUUUUCCAUUCCCUGGACCUGCCAAAGUUGCCGUGGUGCUAAAAAAGCAGGACAGAAGCCUACAGCAGUAUUUAAUAAAAGCAGCAUACAAUUAUGUCACUCAGAAAGGUUCUUGGAUUCCAAAUGAAGCUGGACUCCAUUUCUUUAUUGGAACUCCAAAAUCAGAGCUGAAGAGGGAUGUUGCUUUUGAAUUCCACUGGAACAUCCUCCAGAAAAAAAUUAGAAUUGAAUUUAUCGAGCCAAAGACAAAAAUACAAGUGAAUGGCAAAAUUGAAAUCUCAAAAUACUCUCGUGUUGGGCAUCUGGAACUGAUAGUCAAUGACAACACCAUUUAUUACAUUAAGGGCAGGACAGAUUUGCAAUCCAUGGCUGGGGAACAAAGAUAUGCAAUCUGUCUGGAAGCAAAAUUGCUAAGACACGGAAGUCCUAUUGUCCUUGCAGGAAACAUCACUAAACAGGCCAACCAGAAGGUGGCAUUUUCAGUAUCGUUGACUAACUUGCUGAAGGAUGCUGCGUUCCUUGCAGUGUGUUUGGAGAAAAAGGCAGAUCUUGAAGUAAAGCACUAUUCCCUGGAAGGAGAAACCCACAUUCCAGGCGUCCUUGGGUCUCACGUCAUUCUUCUUCUGCAACAUCGAGGACGAUUCUGGUCCAACAUCCUGAGAAUUAAAUAUGGGUUGUUUGGAGAUUCAAAAAAACUUCAGCAUGAAUGCAACAUGGCUCAGAAGUUAAAGCUGGAGAACAGCCUGCCAGAUACUUACAGAUUGGAUCUGGAACAUGAAUUUCACUGUACUCAGAGUCUAGCUUAUAAUCACAAGGUCCAUUUGCACCAUGAAGACACCACAUCCCAGCUGCACUCCUACCUGGAGGCCAACUAUGGGAAACACUGGGACAAGACCAACAAUAUGAGGAAGGUGAUCAUCAGCCAGAUGUUCAAAAAUCAUUCACAGGCCACCCUGAGGAGCUACUUCAUGGAGUUCAUGGUUCAAGUGCCUGAAAGGAACCUGGAUUACAGGACUCGGCUGCAACAUUCGCAUUCCUUCCACCACUGCCUUGAAAGCAGCACCAGUUUCAAGGUGCAUUAUAACAACCGUAUCCCUUUUAUAGCAGACCUGCAAUGGAAAAAUAGUUCCGGGCGUUUGCUGAAGAAGUGGGAAGGUACCUUCAAUAUGGACACACCCUGGCUGUAUCUGUACGCCACUCACAAAUUCCACCAGUUCCAGCGUUCGGCUUACUUCACUACUGUUGAAUUAACUGUUGGUAAAGCUUUGGUUGUCAAAGGUUUAGUGCUGGAACUCUACUGUAAAGACAACGAUGAUGAGAAGGAAAGCAGAAUUGAAAUCCGCACGUCGACAACCACCUAUCUGAGAGCAUCCACUAUCAAUCGUUUUAUGAAAGGUUUUCUGCACAGCCGGAAUGAAAUAAUGUCAUUAUGGAACCAGCUGAUAAAGCAUGAAGUUCUCCUGGAAAGCAGUGAACAGACCAAGUUUCUUCAUUUUAGACUGACAUCUGCAAAGAAACAAUUUAAUCUGACGGCAGCUUAUUGCCACCUCAAAGUGCCUAGAAAGUCAAACAUUUCUACAUCAGUUUUGUGGACAGAUCACAAGAACCCACCUCUUGUCCUGCGGUUUGAGGCACAGAUAGAAGAAGUGAAGAAAGAAAAAAUGCUUUAUCAGAAACGUGGAAGCCUCCUGUUUAGGCACCCGCUAAAUCUCCCCAUUCCACAAAGCUUUCUUCUCCAGGAAACAUUUACGGUGGACAAGAAGGAGAAGUACUAUUCUUUGGAAACCAAAGUGGUGAUUAAUGAACUGGAAGACUCCAUUCAGACCCUCACCUUGGGCUAUCCAGCUAAAAAUCCAUAUAUAUGUGCAAGAUUGACUCAUCCAUAUAACAGCAAUGUUUUUCCUAAAAAUACAGAAGCAUGCAUUAUGGUGCGGAAUCUCAUCCAUGCUAAUCAGGAGCUUGAAGCAAAGCUGAAAAUCAAUCAAGAAGAAGUAUUCAGCUUCCUGGGCAAGUAUCAGAACAAAUCUAGCGUGGCCCAGUCCCACCAUCUAAUACAGCUGGAUAUCACCCAUUCGUUCCAGUUCAACAUUUGGUUUAAUGGAUCAGACUCUGCAUUUGAACUCUGUUCUCAAUUUCCUCAACAGAAUUGGUCCCAUUUUCCACAAAGUAUUCAGGCCCAGGCCAGUCUAAACUGGCAUGGCCGGAAUGGCCUGAAUGGAUCUUUUGACUUGCACACCAGUGGACGGAAUCUGGUGUUCCUGGAGGCCAAUUUUGACAAGGAGAUGAGAAAGAACAUCCGAGCCAUUCGUGUGAGCGCUGCCCUAAAGCAAGACAUUCUAGAUCGGUUUAAAUAUGUGUGGCUGCAUUUCCUGACUAAGGUGACACCAUCAAGGCUGCUGCUGUCAUCAUUGGUGAAACUGAAUCAGCAUUCCUUCCAGGUGGGCAUUUCAGGAUCCAAGGAACAGAAAGCGGGCCUUGUGGUGACCCUCCACGGCCAUGUGCGACACAACCUUGAAAGCUUAUGGCUCCUUGUACCUCAGGAGCUUUCCCUGAAUAGUUCUCUGAAGCACCGAAUCAACCUUAACGAAGGGCUUGUGAGCGUUGCAGUGAACCAGUCAGUUUUUGCAAUGCGUGUCCGGAGCAGAUGCCUCUAUGGGAAUGAAAGCUUCUAUAACCUCAUGGUAGCUGUAACCCAGAAUGGCAGUGAUACCUUCUUAGCCCAGGGGAAACUGAAAGGCUCCCUGGAAUUCAAACGAAGAAUCCAAAGGGAUGAAUCCCAUGUUCAGAUGGGCACAAGAGCUCUCUGGGUUGACCUUGCAAACAUCUUCCUUCAGAAUGAGGUUGGAUUCACAGGCACGUUCACACACAACAUCAGCAACUUCUAUGCAACAGGGCUUCCCACAGAAAGUAGCAUCAGAGCUGUGUACGGCCGCAAUGAUACUUACCAGACCAUAGCUCUAGACCUUCAAGGGGACAACCAGAAGAUUAGUGUCCUAUUUGGAGUUGAGAAAUUGCAUUCAGAAGCCCUUCAAACUCAGUUCACUGCCCUCAUUAACCACAGUAUCGCAGAGCUGAAGAAACAAGGCCUACCUUUCCAAAUACAAUGCAUCGGCUACUAUCAAAAUUUCAGCAGCAAGUUUGCAAUGGGAACAAGAAUUCAAGCUGGAGAUGAAGAAUUCAAGAUGGAGCUGGAGAACGAACGCACCAACAGCACGGCUAGAUUUUCUCUUUUCCUCCACCAUAAUGUAGAACCCCUACUUCACAUCCUCCCACCAGGAAUACAGGCAACAUUAAGAACAUUGCUACAUGGACCAGAUGUGGCUAAUAACUGUGCACCCAAUGUAAUAAGAGAAAUCCUUUCUAAAAGCACCUUUCCUCCAUUCCGUAUCCACACAGCAUGCAACCUGGAGUACGUUCUGGAAAUCAGCUUCAGGCAUGCUUGGCCUUAUCUUAAGUCUCUGGGCCUUGCCCAAGAGAAUAGGGGGAAAGUGGCCAUCGUGACAGGGGCUCCCCACAAAGGCCUUCUAGAAAUCACCCUGGGAAGUUGCAUGUUGAUGGGCAAUGGAGAACUGAGUGCAGAGGAUGGAGGAACAGCUGCAGAAUGGAGGAUGACUUUUCUGAACAAAUCUGGCACUUUGGAGAACCCAGCAUUACCCCAGAAUCUUGUCUCUGGAGGAUCAUUUUUCAGGAAGACCCACAAUGCAAGUUUAACAAUGUUCUUUCAGUGCAAUGGUAGAGCAGCUGAUAUGCAAUUGGAAAUAGACAAGUAUAUUGUGCGAGGGACUCUGAACCACUCCCUACCCUAUCUCCAAGAUCUAGGACUGCCUCGUAAAAACUUGAUCCACCUCACCAUGACUAGUAAUCCUGAUAUGAAAGGACUUCUGUUCCUCCAUGUGGGCAAUUGCAAGCUGGAGGUACAAGGAGAAAUCCAACCCAAAGCCAGAAUGGAAUGGACACUGGAGAUAGAGAUGGUCUGUAAAGCUUUGCAGGAUCAUGGCAUCCCAAAUCACUCACAAUUAACUGGAUCCUUUCUGAAGGAUGGUUGUCAAAUAGAAUUCUUCAGCACCCUCCAAGUGGAAGACCAAGGGGCCUACUUCACAGUAAGGACAAAGUGCCAGCCAAAGUUCAUUUUAGAAGUGGAGCUGAGACACGGGCUUCCAUUCUUCAACAGGAUCCCCAAAGAAAAUAAGCUGACUGUUCAUUGUGGGAAGCAACUCAGGCAUGCCAUAAACUUGGAACUGAAAUCUGGCCUUUGCCAACUUCAAGCCAACUUGGAGAUUGAUGCAGAAAACCGAUCCCAGUGGCAAGCAGUGAUGGAGAACACUUGCAAAAUGAUACAGGAUCUUGGAAUCCCAACAAAAAUGAAUGGAUCAGGGCAUGUAUUAAUGGAUAAGAUCAAUCUAGAUUCUCAAGUGGAGCUUACUGUUGGCGAAAACACUUUCACUGGAUUCCUCCUAUUAAAAGGCAUGGCUACUAGACAAGAACUUCAUGCAUUUCUGGAUCAACAUAUCAAAGGGGCCAUUAACUUUGGCAUUCCUGCAAGGACAGAAGUAGAUUUAAUUUCUGAAAAGAGUGGCGCCCUUUGUAAAAGGCUGCUUCAGUUUAAGGUGGAUGGCAAGCAGAUAACAGAAGAGUUGGUUUUUAUACAGAAGCCGGACCAUGUGUUUCUAGGCUACAAGUUUGGGCAUAAUUUAGAGACUUUGCAGAGAUUUUGGAUGCAAGACAAAAUAGAGCUACAGUCAUCUGUGAUGCUUCUGGAGGUCAAGAACAUAACAAUGAAGGUCCAGUAUGGUUCCUAUUGGAUAUUUGUUGAAGGACAAAUGCAAAAGACAGAAGGAAAGCUUGAUUUAACAGGGAGCUUUCAUCACAAAUGGCCUUGGCUCCUCCAAUCGGAUAUCCCAGAAUCCUUAGAGCUGAUGCUCCUGGAUAGCCUGUCCGAAAAUGAGACAGAGGCAUCUCUGAAUCUGACUUGGGACCCAGAUUUACGUCUCUCAUUCAUCUUCAUUUCCAAAAAAAAAUUGGAAAGUGAAGAAAUGCAUGUAAAAUCUUUCCAGAAUCUGCCCUUUCUUCUUCAGUAUCUCCCCAACAUGGUUGAUGUUUCCUCAGAGAUACAGUUCCUUCCAGGGCAUCUUGUGGCCACAACAGUUUACCAAAAAAUCAAGCAGCGAAUGCAAGAACUGAGAUGCACAGUGUCAUGGGGCAGCAAAGAAAUUAAAGUCAUCAGUAACUACACUGGUCCUUUCCCAAAGGGGUCUGGAAAUCAUGACUUAAAUGUGGAGAUCUGCCAUCCUUUCUCUGGCCCUUUUCCUCCAUGUUCCUCUCUCAAUGUGAAUGUAGAGCACUCAUUGCGCAACCACCAGGACAGGAUCAUCAUCUCAUGGGAUGAAAAGAAGCAGGUCUUAGUAUCUUCUUCUCUCAAGUUGGGGAAAGCACGGGUUGCUUAUUCUGCCUCUGUCGCACACCCUUUUAACUUCACGAUGAAACACAUUGAGGUUAGUUCCCUGACUGAAGGCCGCAAAGGAGCGUACACACAACAGAUGCAGCUCGCUUGGAACCAUGGCCAGCCUACCCAGAUGAACUUUACUUUUGGAGACAAGUCCAAGGCCAGGGACACAUUUUGGGAUGGUUGUAUCACAGCUUCUUCUGGCCAGCUUAAAAAGAUUCUUACAAUUGCAAGUCUUCAGGCCUGUGGCUCUCUUAAGCAGACAGCAGCUAUGUUGAAUCAGCACCUAGAUCUGACAUGGGAUAGCAAGACAGUUGCACUACAUCUGAUCUAUGAGAAAAGCAAAGUGUUACAUCGGGAGAAGAUGUGGGUGCAAGCUACUUUAAAGAAUCUCUUGCCCUCAUGUUCCCAUCAGCAUAUUCUGGGAAAAGUUGAAACGGAUUAUUCAGCUUGGCUGAAUUAUGAUAUGAGAUUCGGCAUGUGUGACCUCCCAAACGCAAUUGCUCUUUCUGGGAAACUCCAGCUAAACCAGGGAGACACCAUCUUACGAUCUGAAGGGAAAAUCAGACUUGCACACAACGAAGGGGCAAUUACGGUGGCUUUACGGAAUGACAGCAAGCUGGAAAUGAAGAACUAUUCAACAGAAUUUUCAUUAAAAGGACCAGAGGCUAUCUGGAUGGAUGUGAAGGCACGUGUGACCUCUUCAGCUGAUCAAAGCCAAGUCCUUGUUGAGGGAAAGAUGGAUCAUCCAAACGAGAAAGUGAAAAUAACAGCUUUCAUAGGAAAAGGGUGUCUUCAGUAUUACAUGGGGUACUUGAAAGGAAAUUCUGAGGAUGGACUAGAGUUUGCAGCUUGUAUGAAUGGUCAAAAGCAUGCUGCACUCAACGCCCACCUCAUUGUUAACAGACAUGAGGAAAUGGGAUAUCUCACCAUGGAAGCUUCUAACCAAUGUUUGAAUUUGAAGGCCCAUGGCUGUUGGGAUCUAGUCAUGAAGACUGAGUCAAAAUUGGGUGAGAUUACAUCUGAUCUCCAGCGCAGACUGGUGGAAAGAAUAAAAAAAUUGGAGGAACACAUUCAGGAUUUCAGAAAAUCGGUCCAGCACAUUGAAUUUCUAUAUGAUGCUGUUGGCUGGUCUUUAGAAGCCUCCAAAGAAAUGGUACGAGUCCUCCACAGUGGGAUGAGCACAGUUGCUCAGUUGUGGGAGCAGAGUGGAUUUAAACACCUAUUACAGGAUCAUCUCCCACUGUACCUGAGGAAACUUCAAAACAUUCUACAACAAAUCCAACUGGAACUCCAAAAGCCACUGACAACCCUGAAAGAUGUCUACUAUGAUGUGACUUUGAAACCUUGGGAUGAAGUUUGGCAACAGAAGACUGACGCAUAUCUAAAGAAACUCCAGGCACUGGUGCCCACUGUCGUGAAAGAUGCAUGGCUAAUGGAACCCAUCCAGGUUGCAUUAAGAUCAUUGAAAACUGGCUUUGAUAUGGCAACACAACAGAUACUAAAUUGGGCAGAAGCCAAAUUAUCCCAAACGUUGGGCAAGCUCCAAAAAUCUUUAUCGAAUCUGUACAGAUUUUCAGCCAGGAACUGCUCUGUGGCCGUGAGUUUGCCUGUAAUGCCCAAAGGAGAGCCCACAUUAGAUCUAGUCAACAUUACAAACUACAUAAUUGAAGAGAAACUGAUGAAGCCCCUUCGAAGCCUAUAUAACAUCAACCUGGGUGCAGAAUAUUACAAAUUCAAGCGAGCCAUCAUGGAGAGCCCUUUUGAACAUCAUGCCUUGUUGAUGGGAACCAAGCACCUAUGGACUUUUGAUGGGAAAAUGUACAGCUUGACCUCCAACUGUAGUAUGCUGCUGGCCAAAGAUUUUGCCCACGAUGCCUUUACUGUAGUCUUAAACCAGAGCAGUGGUGCAGGCAGAUCUCUAUACCUUGGCAUGAAUGAAACAGUUUUCAUCAUCUAUCCCAAAGAGAAGAUCUACAAGCAAUACAACACUUCUCUUUUGGAGAAUUGUGGAAGUUUUGACAUUCCUCUCCAAGAAAAUGGCAUCACAGUCCGGGUGGAAAGAAAGCACGUUGAAGUGACUGCUGCUAAUGGAGCCCUGAUUUUUUGUGACCUUCGUUACGAUUUCUGUACCCUUACCUUGAAUGGAUGGUACCACGGUGCCUCUGCUGGUCUUUUUGGUACCAACGAUAAUGAAGCAGGCAAUGAAUGGAUGCUGCCUGACCACUCUCUGGCUAAGAGUUUGUCCGAAUUCGUACAAGCCUGGCAGGUGAAUGACCACUGUGGUGAAGUCAAGAGACAUGACAAACCAUGCCUCAAUACACAGAGCUCUGAAAUCUGCAAAACCUUUUUCCAAGACUCCACCUCGUCCUUUAAGAAUUGUUUCGGAGUUGUGAAUCCUGAACCGUUCUACCACUGGUGCAAAACUGACAUGUGUGAACUGCAUAGCGUAAAUGCAGCCUGUAACUUAGCUGCAGCCUUUGGGCACCUGUGCCACCGAAAUUUUGUCCCUGUAGAGAUGCCUCUUCAGUGUGAGAUGGCAAAGUGAGGCUGAGAAGCAGCUGGUUGCUUAAGGCUGCGCCUGCAAUAGAGGGAGGGACCUUCUGCUUAAAUCUCCCACUGACCCAAGCUCAACUCAAACCACAAGCUUGAUCUAACCAGCUUCGUCCUAUAUUGACUUAGUGAAAAGUUUUGAGGAGCCGUUAAGAUUAGCCUUGACCGUUGCAACAGCUGCCGUCUUGGAAGAAGUCCUUUUUCCCACCCCAGACAGCUUCUCCUUGUGUUUGCCACAUUAAAGAACAUCCAACUUGAAAAAGCAUCUGGCAAAGUAACAUUUCCAGUGAAAGGGUUGCAGAACGUUGAAUUAGAUCUUGUUGUCAACAGUUUAGAGUAAUUUUCUGGAAGAUUUGUUCUGGAAUAUAUUUUUUUUCCUGCUGCUCCUAGUGACUAACAAAGAUUUCAACUAUAUUCAUCAACUUCUGAGUUAAUUCAUGUUGGAUUGGAAAGGGCAUCGUCAUUUGAAACCAUCUUUUCCCUCCAUGUUCCGCAUGAUGGCUUGUCUUCAGAACCUCCCCAUAUUCAGACGAUGCGAAAAUCCAUUCUCUGAGAACUUUUAAACCCGCAGCUUGGAACAUACACCGGCGGGGAUACCUUGGAAAAAUCUCUGAGGAACGGCUGGCCUGCUGUAGGACUUUAGAAUCGUAAAUGAAAUAGUUAAAUAAAAAGCAGUGAGGGCCACGUGGUAGCAUAUUGUUAGAGCGCAUAUUUACUAGAGCAUAUUAACAAAGUGCUUGUGGUUCAGUCUCAAGAGGAUGUGGGUUGUACAGCAGGUGUCUGACUACAGAUAAAAGUUGCUGUACUUUGAAAGGGGGGAGAGGAAUGGUUUUGAGAUAUUCAGAAGCCACCGAGUGACCUUGUCAUGAAGCCGCCUACGACCCAAGUAUAACCAAAAGCUAAUUAGCAUAGUAAAACGCACACCUUUCAGGUAGAAAUUUUAGAAAACAUAGAGCAGGCUAAGCUUAUUAUGGGAUGUUAGUAAGUAACAUGGAAUCAAGUGCGUCUGCGCAAUAACGUAACUGAUCAUGUUUUUUAACAUGCCUACUUCCCUACUUCUGACAAGUGUAACAGUUGAUGUAAGACUUUGCUCAAGGUUCCUCUCCUUAGAGAGACGGGACCCUUUUUGCGGAAGCCCCUCCGUAAAAGGAAUAAAAGGAUU